CAAAUACGCCCGUCACGUGAUACUGAGGCGCGCUAGCGCAAUGACGUCACUGAUAUGCGCGCGCAAAUCGGACAGGCACGCAGAUCGGGUAAUGGCAAAGCCUUGUGCUUGGAAAACGGAGAGAAACAAAGCAAGAGAAAAAGAAAAAGCUUCUGUUUGCUGUAACAUCUCAAUGGAUGUGAAACAGGAGACCUGUGAUGUGGACACGAAUAUGAUGGAGAUAACUGUAAAUAUUAAGGAGGAGAACUGUGAGUGGGAGUCCAUUUACCUUAAACAGGAAAACCUGAGCGUUAAAGAGGAGGACGGUGAACAGCGGCCAGUGAACAUUAAAGCAAAAGACGAAGAGUAUUCUGUUAGUAUUGAGACACAUAACCAUACAGAUUUGAAGAGUGUAAAAGAGGAGAACUUUCAAGACGAGUGUCAAGAUGGAGUGAUGACAGGGUUAGACUCUUAUCACCGUUCAUCUCCAGAGCCUUCUAUAAAUGUGAAGUCUGAACCAUUCCAGUCUGAUACAACAAGGACUGAGGAAACUACAUCUGCUGGAACUCAGGAAAAUCAGCCACCACCUACAAAGAAGUCUGGGAAAAGAAACAAAGAUCACUGCAGAUUGGAAGGUGGCAAAGAAUUCUCUGGCAGGAGUGAUCUUCAGAAACGUGUUGUAAAGAAACCACAUUGCUGUAAUGAGUGUGGUAAAUUGUUUUCAAAAUUGUGCCGUCUAAAUAGCCACACAAGAGUUCACACCGGAGAGACGCCGUAUCCCUGUAAUACAUGUGGUAGACAGUUUGCACAAAUAAGUGGUCUAAAGAGCCACGCUAGAGUUCACAGCAAAGAGACCCCUUAUUGCUGUAAGGAGUGUGGUAAACAGUUUUUAAAAAUGAGCCGUCUAAAGAACCACAGUAGAGUUCACACCGGAGAGACACCAUAUCACUGUAAUGAAUGUGGUAAACGGUUUGCACAAGCAGGUGGUCUUCAGAAACACACUAGAAUUCACAUGGGAGAGAAGCCGUUUUCCUGUAAUGAAUGUGGCAGGCAGUUCUCUGAAAGGAGCAAUUUUCAGACCCACACCAGAAUUCACACUGGAGAGAGGCCACAUUGUUGUUUGGAAUGCGGCAAAACAUUCAGUCACAAGAGUACUCUUCAGAGCCACACAAGAGUUCACACUGGAGAGAAGCCAUAUCACUGUAAUACAUGUGGUAAACAGUUUUCACAAAUGAGCAAUCUUAGGAAACACACUAGAGUUCACACCAAAAUGAAAACAAUAGCUGUGCAAAAAUCACCCCAGAAGAAGAACCACACUUCAGGAAUCAAGAGUGAGGUUCCUGAGAAGUGAGCCAACUCAACCAUUGUUAAGAAAUUCCUCCACAAGAGAAGCCACAUUGCUGUUUGUCGGAGGAGUUCUCUUCAAAGACAAGUAGAACUGACACAGGAGCGAAGUACAACUGAACUGUCCUGACUAAAGAGUGAGGUUCACUCCUGCCUGGACAGUAAGCACAUGUAACCGACUGGAAACCGUCGUAUUGUGUGUUGCAUCAGAAACAAGUCAACACAGAGGAGAAACCCAAUUUAGAAACUUUUCCCUUUCUAAAAGCAAAAAAUAGAACAGGGUGUCAUGUAAACAGCUUAGGUAAUAAAUCAGUUACUAAUAGUUACAGAUGCAAACUAUUAAUACAAAAUAAACAAAAUUAAAAUCCAUAAUAUACACACAGCCAUUUUCACCAUACCGAAUUACAUUAAAAUGACAUGACAGUGCGCUGAAAGAACAAAUGCAAAUUUAUUUAUUUAUUUUAUUUAAUGUAAAAAUACCAAAACUGCAUGUAAGAGCUUGAAAAAACACUUCUUACACACUUAUGGUUUUUACAGUUAGGUCCAUAAGUAUUUGGAUAGUGAGAUCAUUUUGGCUCUGUGCGCCCCCACGAUGGAUUUGAAAUUGAGCAAUCAGGUGUCAUAACUAAAAUAUUGUAUGAACUGUUUCGAAAAGCUGGACAUAUUUAUACACGGUCUAUCCAGUUUCAGGGGCUCAAAGGUCAUUGGACAAACGAACAUAAACGUAAUGAUCAUCUUCAAUAUGUGGUUGAAUGUCCUUUCUAAUCAAUGACUGCCUGACAUCUGAACUCCUGGCCAUCCCCAAGUGUUGGGUUUCCACCCUAGUGAUGCUUUGCCAGGCCUUUACUGCUGCUGUCUUUUGGUGCUGCUUGUUUGUUGGA